AUGUCACAAUGAAAAUUUUGGGCACCAAAAGGUAAUUUUCCAAUAAUAUUUUUGGUACAGAAAAUUAAAUUUUAGGUACCAAAAUGUAAAAAAUAAAAAUUAUAUGGAUUCAUGAAUCAAAUAGAUUAGAUUUAAAUGGAUUGGAUUAGUUGGAUAUUUUUAAUGGAUUCAUGGAUUGGAUUGGUGGAUUGUAUUGAGAAUUGCCACCUCUAAUUCUAAUAUUCUAUUGCAUAAGGAACAAAAAUAUUAUAUAUUGUAUUUUGGUGUUUGAUUCUUGCUUUGUACAUCCGGCAAUCUAGACGUUUUGUUGUUUCAUUUUAUGUUAAAUCUAUAUUAUUUGUGAUUUUGUUGAAUUCCAUUACAUGUUCAUCGUAGAUAUAGAGUCAAAUUUUUGUUGCAAGUGAUACUGGAGAAACUGGGUUUGCCAUCUUAGAGCAUGAGGAUAUAUAUGCAUUUUUUUGGAGUAAUGGCCGAUGUGUUAUUCCAAUCAAACCAGAGGAACAAAUAGCCUAUUUCUUCUCAGAUUUUAUACAUCGUUAACAUGACACUGAAACUAAAUAUUAAACUACCUCAAUUCAUUUUAUUUUUGUUAUUCCUCAGUUUGAUUUCUUGAAUUCACUUCGGAUAGGUGAUGAACAUUUUAGCUGCACAUCACUUCAGUUGGCCUAAAGUUACCAGAUUAAUAUGUUAGUGUAAAACUAACUUAUUUCUAAAAUUUGAUUGCAACAAUUGACAAAGACUCCAAGUCCUGUAAAUCUUGGAGGGACUACUUUAAUAGGGUUGAAAAGGAAACAUGUCCUAACGAGGAGAGGUAACUUUGUGUAGUUAAGGGCACAAUGUGAAGCUUUUGUUUAGUAGUUUGCUUUUGUCUAUGGGAUGUUAAGAAUUAUCUUUUCAUUCACGACCAUAUUAAACGUCUAUUUCUAGGUUGUCCACCUUGUGGAUUGUCCUCUAUUGUUCAAUUUGAAUCGUGGACAAUAUGCAGGUUGUUUGCCUGCAAUCUUUUCUCAUCCGUUGGAUAACUUUUUCCCUAUGGAUUCUUUUUUGUUUCUCAAGUUUGGUUCAAUUUCACUUUCAGUCCACUAUGAGUCUAUGACUGUAGGUGCUGGCAAGGCUUGCUGCAUUUUUUAGAUAGUUCGAUAGUUGGCCUUAUUGAUGAAAAACUACUGCCUUGCAUUUUUUUAGAUAAUAUGAUUAUUGGUUUCUGUUGUCUUUUUUAUAAUUAGUUGUAUUAUAUCAUCCAAAAACUAUACCACUGUACUCUUAGCAGCACCCUUGCUAAAAUAGGUAGAGUUGAACUCAAGUAUAAGAAAAUCAAAAUGGAUAAAAGAAAAAUUGUAGAAGUAGCUACAACCAAGAGAUGAGCGGAAAUGGAACUUAUGGAUUACAAAUUAGCUGUGCUAUAAAUUAAUCAUUUUCAUCAAGCAUUUCUUAAUUACUCUUACUAUUACAUCGUAUUCACAAGUCACAACUACACUAGAUUUUUUCUGAAAAUGCACUUAUGUGAUGCUAUUUGAGUUUUUUUUACGAAUAGAAUCUCAUUAGCUCAAAUUUUGGUUAACCUAAACGAUUAGAUGCAGAUUAUGUACUUAAUUCUUUCUUCAUUCUUCAAAGUUUUACAAGACCCCGGCCAACGGGCCGGGCCCAAUACUAGUGAUUUUCUUAUGGCUAUGUGAAUCCUUUUCUGCAUGGCGAGGAAGGGGCCGCGGAUUGGGUGAUAACGAACGAGCCCUAUGGAGCAGGUAAAAAUAGAUAGAAAAUCAAUAAAUAUGGUGGGCUUAGUAAAUGGGCCUUUAAGUCAAUGGACCAGACAGGCUUAAGGGCCCAAGCCCGUAUUUUAAUUUUCUAAUCUAGAAAAUGGUCUGGCGCCAGGCCGGCGGGCGACGUGACAGUCACCAAAACUGUUGGGUUGGAGAGUAUCCCGAAAGGCAUAUGUUCGGCCCUUUGGUUUGACCAGGUAAUUGCUUGGUGGUGAUGGAGAGGUUGAUUUUGGAGGGUACAACAAUAAUCUUCGAGAUGGAGCUACUUAACCUACCCUAAGUCCAAAUCCAAUGAAUCCAUCUAGCCGUUCAUUUCAUUCGGAGAAAAGCAUCAAAUGAAUAAUAACUCAAUUGAAUUCCUCUCUGAUUAACGGUCUAUGAAAUCGUACCGUACCGGUGGUUCAAUUACGAAAUAUCAGUAUCGGAGGCUGAAUCGGUAGGCGGUAUUUAAUGGUCCAACGUUUGAACUACGGUUAAACCGCGAUUUUACCAUAAAAUACCCUACUACUGAAUUUUCCGGUACGAUCUCCGAUAUGGUUUCAUGGACCAUGCCAUGGAGAGGAAGUUUUGGAAUCUGAUCGGGAUGAGCUAGCAUUGGCCGAGGAUCACGUUUUCGUCAUGUUGAUGGAUUUCGUACCAUCUCACCAUCACUCUAAAAAUUUAUAAAUUGUCGUCAUCAUCCAAUCGAUCGAGUUUUAGAAGAGUGACAUUUUCAUUAUUUUCUACCACUUUGAAGGGGACUUGUGGAUGAUAAAGACAUCCAUGUCAGUGUCUACAACAAGUCAAACAUAUCUACCAUUGAUUACCUUUAAUCUUCACAAUUAUAAUGAAUUGUAUAUCAGAUGAAGUUGGAAUUUUUGUUCUCGACUUACCCACAUUAUUUUCCUUUCGCAUCACAUAAACUAAAAAAAAAAUAUCCCAAAUAAUAUUUUCCGUUUAAGAGAUGAAAUGAUAAUCUCAACUAGCUAGCAAAAAGGCUUGAGGAAUAAUUCACCGCAUAAACGGGGGAAGAGAUUUUACUGCCUUGGUCAACAAGCUUUGCCGUUAGUUUGGUAUAAUAUUGAACGGCGUGAGUAGACAGAAUAACUGCAAGUAAACGGAUGAGAGAAAAAAAAAUGGGUGGGGAGAUUAGGCAAAAAAUGAAGUCAACAGAGCACCAAUUCGUUGGCUUGAGGGAAAGAGAUGGAGUGCGCCGUCAAAGAAACGCCGGGAAUCACAAACGCGUAACGCCAAAGCUUGACGCGGUCGGUCGGUUGGUAAUGGAAAUUUGCCGGUGUUCCUUCCAUCCUCUCCGUAUUCUCGCCACAUGGACCGCAAGUUAAGCAUUCAUUGAACAAUUUCCACAAUGGAAUAAAAUAAAAUAAAGCUCAUGAUGACUAGGAAUAUGCGUGGUGUAUCCCUCAAUUAAACUGAAUUUGCUUUCAAGGCCACUGGUUUCUCAUAUUUAUCUUCAGCCCCUACCAAAGAAGUACCUUAUGUUUGUCCUCGGGUAAAACCUAAAAGUCACCGACUGUGAAAUCUAUGAAUAAUAUUCGAACUUUAGAUAGUGAUUGAUCAGCGUGUUCAUACCGAAAACUUUAACUACGUAAUUUUCAACUGGAAGAAGAAGGACCCGGUGUAAAAUAAGGUAGACAGAUAAAUGACGUGACCACGAAUAAUUACUGGAAACAAAUACUUGUUUGAGCAAGAAUAUCAAGAUAAAAGACGGUGGAAUUGACACAACCACACUCAUUAAUAUUUAGCAAAGCUCGUCUAGUAAUAAUUAAAAGUCCACUUUCAACGACUGAAAUGAUAAGAAAGCCUUCAAAAGUGUUCUACCACUCGAAUUAAGGAUGCCCGAUUAUUAGGUACAUCAAUAGUAGGUUGGAAUUCUGAUGUUGUACUUCAAACUACACAAAACCUCCAUCAUGAUUCAUGAGGAUGCUGAGGAAACGCUCUUUGUCAUAUUAGGAACCAUUUGUAAAUUACACUAGAAAUGGAUUUUAUUUCUAAAGUAUACUUGAAACUUAAAUGUUACUUUAAACAAAUACAUUGUUAAUUAUAUGCAUCCAUUGUCCUUAGACAAUUAGACUAAAAGAAGUAAAGAACAUGGAGGGUGAUAUGUUUAACAUAAUAGAUCAACUAUAGUUUGAAUAAAUUAUGUUUUACACCCACCCCGACCUGCAGGCCCACGACCCACAUCCUCAAGAAAGAAUAAAAGCAGAGUCGGAGGGGCAAACUGCAAAUUCCUGAAAGUAGUUAUAAAAAAGCGAACAGAGAAACGGCAAAUUAGAAAUCAAACAGAAGGAAACGGCAAGGAAAGUUCGUCCAUACGCCUCAAAACGACCGCAAUAUCGUUGAAAGGAAAAAACUAAAAUCAAUUUAAAUGGGCCGCCCAAGAAAGCACAGACAAAGCCUCCCCCUGAUACAUAUAAAAAAACCCCUUUUUUUUUUAUACAUUCUCCACGCCGCGCAAUUCCUAAUUCCUCUCCCCACAUUCCACGCCACCACAAAGCGAAAAUCCAGCGAGAGACUCUCUCCCCCAAAACCUGCUCUGCAGUUACAAUUUUACAAUCCGUCGCAAGGAGCAUUUAAUCGAUCGUCGGCGAUGGGGAAGUACAUCGAGCUGCUCGACGUCGGCGCCAGAAUCGUCGGGAGGUUCUACUCCCACUGCCCGCAGACUGCUCGGAUGUACUACCACCCUCCGUCCAACGCCGACCAGUACCACCAAGAUCACGCCGGCGUGAGCGAUCAGGUUACAGCGGCGGCGGCGCAGAGCAGUAGCGGUGUGAAAUCUGCUGGUGGAUUCAGCCUCAAGGCUUCCAUGGGAGUUGAUUCCGCCGACCAGCUGGUUAUGUAUUCCGUCUUCUGACGACGGCAGGCCGAGGCGGAAGCCAGAUCUAGAUUAUUAUUAGAGUAGAAAAUCAAAGGAGAAAGAUGGGAGGAUCGAUUGGUUGCUUAUAUUACAAAACAAUUGUGAAUUUUCAAUUGGACAGAUGAAAGAGUUUCUCAUUAUUAUUAACGAUUGAUUCAUUGUUAUUAUUAUUAUUCUGUUUUUCGUCGCAUCGAUUUGCUCUGUUUUGUUUGCCUAUGUUUUUUUUUUUUUUUUUUUGCUGCUGCGUGGUUCAAUCUCCGAACAACCAUGGCCGGUGGCUUCUCGGCCACAGGCUGGCUUCUCUUUCCUUUGUGUGGUUUGGUUGCGCAGUAAAAGAUUGCGAGUGGCCACCUGGAUUUUUGGGUUCGUCUAGUCCGUUCAAUGUUCUGAAACCGGCCUAAAAACUAAAAAGAAAUAGUUCUCAGUUGAUAAAACGCAGAUUAGAUGACGCUAAAUGCGUGAAGAACAUGCUUACAACUUCCUCAUUUAGAUGGGAAACAGGUCGCUUGACGUUGAGAGAUGAGGGGCUUAGUGGAAGCUUAGAAGCGGGCCUGGCCCAUGGAGCAAACGGGCCUAGUGGCCCACAAGCUAGUACUCGAAAUCUUGGAUGACAUGGAUUUGAACAGGUCUCCUGACUCUCCUCUCGUAACACUAUUGAUUAGUUUGUUUUUUUUUAACUUCAUUCUCAACCAAAAAGAAAAAAAGACACUAAAUCGGAUAAAACUCGCUCAUGAUCCAAAACUCGACAACAUCAUGUUCAAGUCUCUUUGAUCGGGUUGAACCGUGUUUGUAACAAAUUCACAACCGACCCGACUGGACAAUUUAAAAAGCGUAUAAAACUCACACCCGCCCGAGAAAUUAACAAACACUAAAGUGGAUAAAUCUCGCUCACGAUCAAAAAUUCGGCAACAUCAUGUUCAACUCUCUUUGAUCUAGUUAAACCGAGUAUGUAACAAAUUCACAACCGAUUCGACCCGCCAAUAAAUGAACACAAAGGUUGUAGAAUGCGAGAGUAGGGUAAACGAUGAAACUUGAAACUUGCCCACUUGCAAGGAGGAGUGUGAGAGUCAUUAAUGAAUAGUACCACCAAAUCUAGGAUUUUAUAUAUUAAAAUAAUUAAUGUGUAUUCGU